CUGACAGGAUGCGUUGGCUGGGCGGGUGGGCGUGGCGAGUGGGCGGCGCAGUGGGCGUCAUGUGGCUGGUGGGCGUGGCGCUGUUCGCUCCGCCCAGCCCCACGUCGAGCGCCAGCGACCCCCGCCUCGCGCAGCGGCUCCAGCGGGCGGUGCAGGAGCUGGACGUCCUCAAGAAGCAGAACGACGACAUACGGCAGGUGCUGCAGGACUUCACCAAGCAAGUGAGCUCGCUGAACGGGGCGGCGCCUCCGCACGGCAACACGGCCAUGGUGGCGGAGCUGCAGAAGAAGCUGGAACACGCUCAGCGUAUGUUACAACAGGCUGAUGCAACUGCUGACCACAAGACAGGCACCUCGGACUUCACGCCCUCGCUGGAGUUCGAGAAGACACGUCGCCUGGUGGAGCGCGGCGUGCAGGAGGGCUGGUGGUACGUCGCGGACCAGCUGCAGCAACUCCGCAAGAAGCUGGACGCCUUCUCGGACCACACGGCCCACAUCGACCGCGUCCUGGAGGAGGGCGUCGACCACGUGAGGGUCCUGCAGUAUGACCUCCUUCGCCUGAGCCAGCUGGACGGACUCGGGACGUGGCGUGAGCAGGAGGCGGCCGACCUGAGCGCCCUUAUGCAGCGCAGAUUGCACGCCCUGCAACACCCUAAAGAUUGCGCCAAGGCCAGGAAAUUGGUCUGCAACCUUAAUAAAGGUUGUGGCUACGGGUGCCAGAUCCACCACGUCGUCUACCUGCUUUCGUCUGCCUACGGGACCAAGAGGACGUUGAUUCUCAAGUCCGGCUGGCGGUACAACAAGGCCGGCUGGGAAGACGUGUUCCAGCCGCUUAGCGAAACCUGCACGGACCUCUCGGGGUACACGCACUCCCACUGGCCAGGGUCGAACGAGACGCAGGUGGUGGACCUCCCCACUGGAAAAAUCGACACGCGGGUCUGUAUUCCAGACAGAGCCGUCUGUACGGAGAGGAGGACCAUCGCCGGCGCAAGUCUCCGAGGGACGCAGUCUGCGACGCGUCUGACCGCGGGGCGAGCGACUGUGCGAGGUCGCACGGCGGGGCGAGGUGGAGAGAGCUGGGAUUGCUCGAGAGAGUCAGAGCCGUUGCCAUUCAAAGUGCACGUGCGGAGAACGGACAAGGUCGGCACGGAGGGCGCCUACCAUUCCAUAGACGACGAGUACAUGAAGCACGUCGGGGAGUACUACAAGGCGCUGAGUCUGCGUCAGCCCGACGUCGUCAAGAGGGUGUAUCUGGCCUCCGAUGAUCCCACGGUCAUCACCGAGGCCCAGAAGAAGUUCCCCGACUACACCUUCAUCGGGGACUCCAACAUCGCUCGAACUGCGGCGGUCGCGACUCGCUACACGGAUGCCUCGCUCAAGGGCAUCAUUGCAGACAUACACUUCUUAUCUCUCACAGAUUACCUGGUUUGCACGUUCUCGUCCCAGGUGUGUCGUAUAGCGUAUGAAAUUAUGCAGACUUUACAUCCAGAUGCAUCCAGCUAUUACCGAUCUCUGGAUGAUAUUUAUUACUAUGGUGGACAAAAUGCACACAAUCAGAAGGCGAGGUUCCCACACACUCCACGCAAAUCAGACGAGAUGAUUUUGAAAGCCAAUGAUGUUGUGGGAAUCGCUGGUAACCACUGGAAUGGUUACUCAAAGGGCGUGAACAGGAGAACACGGCAAAACGCCCUUUAUCCAUCGUAUAAAAUGGAGGAAAUCGUUGACAUAGCAGAUUUCCCGUCAUAUGCCGAGGUUGAUAAAAGAAGUGGGACAUGAAUGAUAGCAAAUAUUUAGUAACUUUUUUUUUUUUUUUUUUUAGAUAGAUUUUAGCUGGCAAAUUAUCUUGAGAUUUAUAUUAUUUUGUGAUAUACUUUAAAAAUACAUUCUGUUGUGGUGAGAUUUUUUCUUUUUAAUGAAUGAAAUCAGGGAUAUGUUUUAGCUUUUUCUUUCCAUUACAUUCAGUCCGAGGAGUGGCUAUGAACUAAGAUUCACAUGAGGCAAGGAAAGGGACUUGUUAGUUUCUCUCACUGAAUCCCAGUCGGAGGCAUUAGAAAGGCACUCUAGUUUGAUGGUUCGUUCACAUGAUAAAUCAUCACAUAAUGAAUGUUUGUUGCAAGUCCAAUAUUUCCUGUACAUUCUCCUUCUCCACAUGUGAAAUGCAUUAUCAUUUGCAUGUGAUUCUUGUUUUAUUUAUUGAAGUGAAUAAAGGGCAGAGUUGUGUGGGAAAUUUUUAAAAUGGGGAUAACUGUGUAAAAAAGCACCACCAUUAUCUUAUAUUUGUUACAUGUAAACUAGCAGUGCUCAGGGUAGGUGGCAAUUUUAGAAAUGGUUUCACAGACAGUCUGAUAUUUGAACAGCAAUGUUUAUAAUUUUUUUUUUUUCAAGUGUGUACCGAAACUUGUUGUAAAAUUGUAUCCAUGCAGUAAAUGUCACAGAAGAGAUCCAUGCCAUGUCUUAAUAUGUUUGUGGUUUCAUAAGAAGUUCUUUAUUACAGAUUUUGAUGUGUCAAUUAAUAGGUUUCAUGUGCUCACAGUAAAUGCUCCCAUAUAAUACGUGUUGUGAAAGACUUUGAAGAACGAUUAUUCAUCAGAGUAAACAUUUCAUCCUAGCAAGAUUCAGCUGUUUUUUUUUCCCAUUCAUUCUUUUUCGUUUCAGUUCAAAUAGUUGUUGGUGCAUUGUUGGCCCCCCUCAAAAAACACGUCUCUGGAAAUGUAGAGUGCUAUUUGAGUAUUCACUGCACAUGGUUAAGGUGCCUGUCAAAGUGCUAUGUCCAUUACUAUUAAACCUUCUCUCUUUUUAAAGAAAUUAUCAUUACGAGUGUUUAGAAAUAGGUACUCUUGUUGGCCUUUUGGGAAAUCUACCCUUUCAGUUUUACUGCCAAUAAUCCAAGUUGUUUUGCAAAUUAGAAAAUUUUAAUAAUCAACCAAUCCCAGCCAUUCCAUUUUCCUUUCACACAUCCUUUAUCGUGCCAGAUGCUGGCAGGCUAAGAUGUUGUCAUUCUUGUGUUGCUUAACUACUGAAGUUUAGUCUAUCUUGAGGAGCUUUUACUGUUUUCAUUUGGACCAUUAUUAAUCAAUGCUAUUUUGAAUAAUGAGAAAAUACAUCUGCAGAACCCUUCACUUCCAUGCUCACCAACCCGUGUUGCCAAUGUGUGAACCAACUGCCCUGAUUUGUAUAUUCAAAACAUGCCUCAUCCUUCUAUGUAUGUUUUGGAUACAAGAAUUGAAACUGGCAGUUCACACUUUAGCCAUACUGAGUGGUGAUAUUGGAAUUGAACUGGACUGCACAUCGGUCAAUUGUUAUUUUACUGGGAAGGAUAAGUGGAGUGAUGAAACUUACUUUGUAUUAAAGUACUAAAAUACCAGAAAUGUUACUGUAGUGGUAUUUAUCAUUCUAGUUUUAUAUGGAAUGUAUUUAAAUUGUCAUCAAUAUCUGAUGGUAGAAUCCACAUUUGAUACCAAACAAAGGAGUAUUUUGCAUAAAUGUAUGAAUUAGAUACCACUGACAUGUAUAAUUUUAUAUUGUCUUAUUCUUGUGAUGUCCCUAUUUUGAGGAUAAUUUUCUUUAGAAAAACUGUGUCCCAGAAUAUGUAUACAUUGUGUUAUUGAACAAUGCAUUGAUAAUGAAAUCAUAAACAUUGCUAUUAAUUUUACAUGUAUUUGAUGUAUGAUUUACUUCAUACGGGAGAAGAAACCUAAUGAUCAUUGGAAAUUGAUGUUGUUUCAGUGGAUUGUCACUUGGAGACUAGGAGGAAGGGGUCAUAUUGUAUGACUUGUUCAUUUGAACUUAAUGCUAACCUUUCUGACCCUGUGUAUUAAUUGAAGGGAAAUUGACAAUUAGUAUCCUUUGACAAAUAAUAUUGAAGGCAAUUUAAUAUUGCCUUGUAGGAAAUCCAUUCAUUUUUUUUACAUAUUGGUGAUAUAUAUCGUGUGUAUGUUAUGAAAUCUUUCAUCAUAAUUUUUUUGCACAUAAAUUUGAAUUUUAAUAUGGCAUCACAUAUCAGCCUUAGCUACUUUUAAUAUGAUCCCAGAGAAGUGCCUAUGUGUUACAGAUUGUUAAGAAUUAAUGGGCAACAUUCAAAGCCUAGGGACACGUGAAAUUUGUAACAUAAAUUUGUAGUUAAUUAUUAUCAUACCUCGUUGGUGGUUCUGAUUUUUUUUUUCUUUUUCACAUUUCUUCUAUAUGAAAUCAGUUCUUAGCUACAUGCUAUAUGCACCCUAUUUUAUGCUUUUGGAAUACUAAUGUAAAUUCUAUAACGCUAGUAGAAAUUAUAGUUCUUAAUAAAUUGUCAGUAUUACAUAAUUUUGUGGUAGCCUAAGCAGCAUCUCAUGGUCACUGGCCUUUGUGGGUUCUCACAUAUAAUUCUUAUGUCUCAUUUCUAUUUUAUUAAGUUUGUAUGUCAGUGAAUUUUGACAAUCACCUGCUUAUAUCCUGUAAUUUUUUUUUGACAAACAUGUUGAAUGUUGAAUUUAGAAAUAUAUUAAGUUACCAAAAGCAACUUAUAUAAUUAGCAAAUAAUGUUGCUCAAAAGAAGUCUUCUGUUCCAUUAUGUUGAAUGUUUAAGAGGUAUUUAACUGUUCUGUACGGCAAGACCAAAAUGAAAAAGAAAAGUUUACAUUAUUUAUAGGGAACAUUGAAAAAUAAGAUAAUUUAUGCAAACCAUUUUACUACAAAACAGAUUGAAUUAACAGGAGACAGUAUAGCAUUUUAUGAAUACUCAAUAUUUAUUGAAUCAUUACUAAAGUACAAAUCUAAAAAAAUAUUAAUAAACAGUUUUUAUUUAAUAGGGGAAUAAAUAUCACCAUAAAUUAAAUUUUAAAAAAUGAACUUCAUGUAAUACAGUGCCAUGUUACAUUUUCCAUAAGCAUAACUUAUAAUUUACCAAGUUAUCAUGAAAUGUUAUCAAUUACGGAGCAUUAUAGGCACUGAUAUUCUAAGUCUAAGGAUCUUACCAACAAAAGAUGUAGUUCUCAAGGAGUGGACUUUUUCUUCCCAACCUCCAUCAGUCAAUCCACCAGACAAGUAACAUUUCACUAACAUUUCAAUUAAUUUACACUGGUAUUUUUCACCAAACGAAGUUAACUGAGUUGGAAAUCAAUAGUGAUGUUUAUGAUAUCUUUAGAUACAGUUUACGAGUCACAACUUUUCAGAGAAAUAUACAUUUUUAGGACGCAGUUUCCUGAAAGAAAUAACCCAUGAAAUAGGGAUAGCAAGAACAUCUAUGACAACUAAGAAAGUAAUGUAUAUAGCAUAGUUGUAUAUAUGUACAUAAUAUUCACUAGUAUCAAUUGUAUUAGUGUCAACAUUAAUUCACUCCACAAUUAUCUUACUGUUGAUUAAAGAAAAGUUUUAUUUUAAGAGCACUUGAAUUAAAGCAAAUUUUGAAAUACACCUGGAAAGUAAAAUUUUCCAUUAAUGGCUUGGUGUUUCUUUCUCUCUUUGUUUCCAUCCUUGUCUUUUGUGCAUAAUAUACAAUUUUCAUAUAUAAAAGAAGAAAAAAAAUUGGUGCUGAAAGAAUAUGUAUAUUAAGUUCUGUAUAUGUUACCCUUCCCAAAUGAAGAAACUGAUUGUUUAAAUGUAAUAAUGAUAAUGAAGUGAUUGUGAGAUCUACUUUGUAUGACGUCUAAUGAACAGUUGUAACCUGUUUCUUGUAUUUCCUAAUAGUGUUCAUCUUCAACAAACUUCAUUGUACAUUCCUGUUUUAUAGAAAAAAAGAGAUUGUAUGAAAUUCUAAAAAAAAAUAAAGAAUAAAAGUUA